CCGGAUCGGCGUGCGCCUGCGCACCGCAGGCCGGAGGAGUCUUACCCUAAUGUAAGAUGGUGGCCCGUCUGGCUGUGGAACCCACCGAAAGCUGAGAGUCCGUCUCUCAGCCGUAAAGGUCGGACUCGCGGAAGCAAUCAGGCCCGGUUCUGAAGAGUUUUUGUGUCCCCGAAGCUCGUUCAGUGGUCUCCCGUGAGGACGCGGCAGCGCGUGGAGUCGGCUGAGGGGAAAGCGAGGCAAGGCAGGCGGGUCUUUGAAGUUCUACAGUUUAGUUCUCAGUGCUGAACUUCCUUCUCCCUUAAGUUAUUAUAAACUUUUGCUGCUGUUUAAUAAAAGUGAAGAUGUCUCGCAGUCCUGAUGCGAAGGAAGACCCUGUGGAAUGUCCUCUUUGCAUGGAGCCCUUGGAGAUAGAUGAUAUCAACUUUUUUCCUUGCACCUGUGGCUAUCAGAUUUGCCGAUUUUGUUGGCAUCGAAUUCGCACUGAUGAAAAUGGGCUUUGUCCUGCAUGUAGAAAGCCAUAUCCAGAAGACCCAGCAGUUUAUAAACCACUCUCCCAGGAAGAAUUGCAAAGGAUAAAGAAUGAGAAAAAACAGAAGCAGAAUGAGAGAAAACAGAAAAUAUCAGAAAACCGCAAACAUUUGGCUAGUGUACGUGUUGUACAAAAAAACCUUGUCUUUGUUGUAGGACUGUCUCAGCGCCUAGCAGAUCCAGAGGUUUUGAAACGACCAGAAUAUUUUGGGAAGUUUGGUAAAAUACAUAAAGUUGUCAUCAAUAAUAGCACAUCAUAUGCAGGCUCACAGGGUCCAAGUGCCAGUGCUUACGUAACCUACAUCCGGUCAGAAGAUGCUCUCAGAGCCAUACAGUGUGUCAACAACGUGGUAGUAGAUGGCAGAACACUUAAGGCAUCUCUAGGUACAACAAAAUACUGCAGUUACUUCUUAAAGAAUAUGCAGUGCCCAAAGCCUGACUGCAUGUAUCUACAUGAAUUGGGGGAUGAGGCGGCCAGCUUCACAAAAGAGGAAAUGCAGGCGGGUAAGCACCAAGAAUAUGAACAGAAACUACUUCAAGAAUUAUAUAAAUUAAACCCUAAUUUUCUUCAACUAUCUACGGGUUCAGUUGAUAAGAAUAAGAACAAAGUGACACCACUGCAGAGGUAUGAUACCCCCAUUGACAAACCUUCAGAUUCUCUCAGUAUAGGGAAUGGUGAUAAUUCCCAGCAGAUAUCUAACAGUGAUACGCCUUCACCACCACCUGGUUUAUCAAAAUCCAAUCCAGUCAUCCCCAUCAGUUCAUCCAAUCACAGUGCACGGUCUCCUUUUGAAGGGGCAGUAACUGAGUCACAGUCGUUAUUCUCAGAUAAUUUUCGCCAUCCCAACCCGAUCCCAAGUGGGCUUCCUCCUUUCCCCAGCUCCCCACAGACAUCUAGUGACUGGCCUACAGCACCAGAGCCACAGAGUCUCUUCACAUCAGAAACAAUCCCAGUAUCAUCCUCUACAGACUGGCAAGCAGCAUUUGGCUUUGGUUCUUCUAAACAACCAGAGGAUGACUUGGGUUUUGACCCCUUUGAUGUCACUCGAAAAGCCUUAGCAGACCUGAUUGAAAAGGAACUGUCAGUCCAAGACCAGCCUUCCCUCUCGCCCACAUCUCUUCAGAACUCCUCUUCACACACUACAACCGCCAAAGGUCCGGGCUCUGGAUUCCUGCAUCCUGCUGCACCGACAAAUGCCAACUCUCUCAAUAGUACCUUUUCAGUCUUGCCACAGAGGUUCCCUCAAUUUCAGCAGCACCGAGCAGUUUAUAAUUCAUUCAGUUUUCCAGGCCAGGCAGCCCGCUAUCCUUGGAUGGCCUUUCCACGCAAUAGCAUCAUGCACUUGAACCACACAGCAAACCCCACCUCAAAUAGUAAUUUCUUGGACUUGAAUCUCCCGCCACAGCACAACACAGGUCUGGGAGGGAUCCCUAUAGCAGGGGAAGAAGAGGUGAAGGUUUCGACCAUGCCACUGUCAGCCUCUUCCCAUUCAUUACAACAAGGACAGCAGCCUACAAGUCUCCACACUACUGUGGCCUGACAACAGAACUGAGAGGAGAGGAUUAGACUCUGGGGUGCUUGCAUGGGCAACCGGAUUUUUUGCAUGAUUCCUUUCUGAUUUUGCAUUUAAUGUAUACACCCAAAAGAGCCAAUAUAAACGUUCCUCAUGCCUACAACUAGUGUGUUACCUCGUAGUUGCUAAAGUAUUUCUUCAUUAGGCCUUUAACACUAUUUAUUAGCAUAAUAAUUUUGGCAUUGUUUCUCAUGAGUGAUACUAUUUUUAACUCACACAAAUAAACUUGUAGUACUAAUUAAGAUCCCAGAUGAGAUUAGCUAGAAUUGUUCUUAUUUUGGCUCUAUUAUUGAAAUUAUGCAAAGAUAAUGGUAGUUCCUUGUUUUCUGAUUUGUGAAAAAAAAUGGUAAUAUCCUAAUAUACUCAUGAAAAAUUUGAAAAUUAAGAUAAUGUCUAUUGCAUUUCUUUGAGUACUUGAGAAGAAAGAAAACAUAUAAAACAAAAUUGGUGGUGUUGUUUAAUGCUCAGAAGGAUGUUGUCAGCAAUUAUUUUUAGUUGUAUGGAUUUAUAUCCUAUAUUAAUGCAUUACAUGUUUAGAAACUGUUUUUGUUGUCUCUCAUUUGCACAUUUGCACUUUCUUUUGAAUGGUUGUUAAUUAUAUAUAGAAGGUUAAUUAUUAUAGCCUAAAUGCAAUAUCUCUUUUCUAAUGCACUGCCUAGUAUACCAGGAAAUGCCUCAGAAACAGAAUUUCAACUUACAGUUGAUUUAUCAGAAACUUGAAUAUGGGGUAAACAUUGUAUGUGAGAAGCAACCGUAGUAGUGUAACAUUUUUAUUGAACAAACAGUAGUUCUGUGAGAUAUCUGUUUGGAAGCUUCGUUGUUUAAUAAUUGAAAUGUGAUAAUAAAUCUAUAUUACAAGUACCUGGCCAGAAUGAGACUAAAGUGGAGGAAAAAGAGAUUGAGGAUCCUCUAAAAUUAGGCCAUGUAAGUUGUAGGUAAUUUUGCUCACUGAGGAUAGUGAAGUACUUUAUUAGGACAUAAUAUGAAUUAAUGUUUUUGAAUAAUACACAAUUUUUUGAAAUAAUUUUAAAGCUGAUAAUGAAAGAAAAUAAGACUGAAAUCAAUUCUGAGCAGCAGAUAAAAGCUGAUUCAGAAAACAUGACCAUAUUCUGCUAAAUUAAGUAUCUGGGAAGACAGAUCUCCUCUUGAUGUUUUCAAAAAACAAUUGUGAUAAAAGAUAUGCCUUUAUUUGUUAAAAUAUUAAAAGAGUAAUGUGAAUACCAAAAAAGGAAGCCUAAGUAUUUAAAAUAAUAAUUAUUAUUUAAAACUACAUUAUUACAAAAUGAUACUUAAUAUCAUGUUGGAGUUUUCAAGGUUACCUCUCUAUAUAUAAAGUCUGAUUAUUUUCUGUUAGAUAUAACACAACAAAUGGAAUGGCUUUGUCCAUAGGUAUAGUGGGGAAACUAAAAUCUAUUCUUAGAUAUCCUUUGAUCUGCUUAACUGAAGUGUAGGAACAGCUAAUUAUGUAGCCACUUAAAUUAUUUUUGUUAGAUUCUACAUAAGUGACAAUUUCUAAUUUCUAUUAAAAAGUGACUUUAGGGCAGCAUUACAAGAAAUUUAGAAACUGCAAAUAGAAUAUUAUAGACUUAUUAGACAGAAGCCUUUUAUCAUGGGUUAAUUAUGGUUUCAUUUUUGUUGUAAGAGGCCAAGACAUCCAUGUAAUGUCUCUUCUGUGGUGCUAAGGUUCCUAGGCUUUGGGCUCCCAAUAAGGAAGCUUAUUAGUACAUAGCUUUCUCCAGCCAGCAAUGCAAGCCUUUCAUCGCCUGGAUCUUCUUACAAAGACAGAUGGUUUGCUCCCAUUUACUUUAUUUCUCUGUGUUGAGAAAGAGAUACAUCUGUUGAACAAUGCUUUUUUCCUGUGGUACACUUUAUCUCUCCUUUCUCUUUCCUAGCCAGGGUUGAAAAACUGUCAGGUAGUUUGUCUAGACUUGCUAGAACCCAAAACUCUCUUCCUGCCUACUUCUCCAUCCUUCAUAAUUUUGACACACACCAUACAUGAGGAAAAUGCUUCUUGGGCACUUAGGCUUCAGCUUAUUUUCACACAGAAUAGCUAAAGAUUAUCCUUUAACUUUGUAAUUUCAAGCCCUUGUAAACCUAGAAUAAUAAGCCUCACUGUUUACUUAAUAUUUCAUAUAGUGUGUUUUUUUAAGUAAUGGUAAUUAAUUAUAUUAAAAGCACAGAAGAAAUUACACAACACAUAAAAGAAAGUAUCACUUCACAUAGCAAGUAAGUUGAUGAAGCCAAAUGAUGGUAAAGAAUGAAAAGAUUAUAAAAAACCAGAUUAGUUUUUGUUACAUUCCUACAUGAUUGAUAUAUCAUGCACAAGGGAAGCUUUUUAUGCUUUUACAUCCUUUUAAAAAGUAACUAGUCUGUUUCUUAAAUCAGUGAUUUUAGAAGCUAGAGUUCAGAACCCUUUGGAUGUACUAGCAAAGUUCUGAUUUUGUACGUAUGUACAGUUGUCCCCUUUUUUCUGGGGAGAAAAUCCAUAGUUAUCAGACUUAUAAAGGGCUUGGUAACACCCCAGCCUCCCACCCCUGGAAGAGAAGUUAAGAGCUGCUACCUUAAAUGGCUUUAGUGCCACUGUAGGAAAUAGAGAUCUGGAGUGAAUAAUUUAAGUCAUGAUGAGUGUCAAGUGCCUCUUUUUAUUUUCUUAAAAAUUCCAUUAGAAAAUGUUUUCUGAUUAAUAAUAUUUUCCUUUUCAUUCCACUGUCACAUUUUUUUUCCAGGUGGUGCUUUUAUGUACUCUGUCCCUAUUACAACAAAAUAUUAGUCAAAUAUUUGAGUGCCUGUUCUGUAUAGUGACCUUUUUAGUUAGGUCUUAAGAGUUGAAUAAAGCAUAGAUCCUAUCAUCAGGGGUAACAGAAUGUGACAGUUGUUUUUUUUUUUAAUAUUUUAUUUAUUCAUUCAUGAGAGAGAGAGAGAGAGAGAGGCAGAACACAGGCAGAAGGAGAAGCAGGCUCCGUGCAGGGAGCCCGACGUGGGACUCGAUCCUGGGACUCCAGGAUCACGCCCUGGGCCAAAGGCAGGCACUAAACCACUGAGCCACCCAGGGAUCCCAGAAUUUUAUCUCAAAUUGUUUUAUCUCAAAUUGUUUCUGUAGAGUCAGCUCUUAAUAUAUUUUAACAAGAACAGCUGUAGUGGUCGAGAUUCAUCAUUCAUCGCUCAGACAGUGGCAACCUAGGAUAUUAAGUAGUGAUACCUGAAAUUUUAAAAUACAUGAUAAUUUGAAGGGAGUGAAAAAAAUAAUAGUAGGGAAGACAUACAUCCAUGAUUCUGAUUUAAGUAUCUUAGUCGUGUGUGUAUGCGCAUGUUUCCUAGUGUUCUGGGUGUUAAGUAGAGCUUUCUAUAUAUAUGUUCUUUUAAAGAAAACAUUUGGAUGCAUUCUGUCUGUGCACAUUUUUACUCACAUUGUUCCUAUUUGUACGGUGUUCCAAGCACCUUCAAGAUUGCCAGAGUUCUCUUCUGCUGUGAUACAGGUCCAUAAGGGAGCUACUCCGGCAGAGGCAUUGCCUCAGAAAGCCAAGAAAAAGGAAUGAAUUGCAGGUGCAUAGAAAUCUUACAAAAUGAAGACCACCGUGUUAUUUGUGCAUACAUUAAAAACUGGGGAUGUUUUAUCUUGUUGAGUCAUAAGGUUUUAGAUUUUUCUGUUUAUUUGAUCUUGAAGUUUUCCCAAAUCUGCUUAAUUGGCUUUAAGAGAUGGAUAUCAUACAAUUGAAAACACAAUAACGUUUUUAAAAGAUCAUCUUAUAAAGAAGUGAUAACCCAAAAGAACGUCUUUUUUUUUUUUUUUUUUUUUUUUUUAUAAAAUAUGGACCAAAGUCAGUUAUCCAGCAUCAAGCUAGUCCUUCUGCCCUUAGUGCUCUUCCUCCUCUCGAAUGAGUACCUACUGCAUUGUCUCCUUGUGCUAAGUAAAUGGCAGGAAUAUAUGCAGGUAUUUACACAUGAAAUGUUUAGUAAACUAAUCAAAUGCUAUGCUGAUAGAAAAGUAAAAAUGGGAAUUAAAAAAGUUAAUGUAAGCUGGUUCAGGGGAAGGCUUCAUAACAAAAGUAUGGGGCUUUUUGAUUUUGAAGGAUGGCUGAAAUUUAGAGGAUAUAGGGGAGAAAUUUAAUAAAGAGAACAGACUAAACAAAAAACCAGAGACAGAGAUUGGAGUGGUCUCUAGUGAUUAGGAGAGAAGGACAGUAAGGAGAUGGACUUGUUUGAGGUAUACAGGUGGAAUAAGUGUACAAUAGUUUACUGGAAACUAGGAAGGAUAGUUUAGUCUUGAUAUGGAUGUGGUCAAUGGUAGAGAAAUCUAGGUUCUUUGCUAAAUAUGUAACUUGAUUGUAGCAUUUUAAAAAGAUUAAUUUGGUGUUGUGUUUGCUUAAAAUUAGGGCCACUUAGAAAACAUUUCCCAGUAUGUAUAUUGCUGGGCAUUGCAAAUAAGAUAGCCUGGAUUAGAACAGUGGUAGUAGGAAUGGAGAAGAAAUUGUGAACUACAAGCCAGAAAACAUAAGAUCUAAGAAAAGGCCUACGUGUCUGGAGACCUUUAAAAAUGUGACUUUCGUAAAGGUAAAGAUGGAAGCCAGAUUCCUAGGAUUCGUGAGGAAAUGUCAAGGUUAUGGAUGCAGCAAUCAUUGAUAACUUACUUAGAACAUUUGGAAGCUAAGGGAAAGAGAAAAACAAGAUGCUUACUAGAUGGGUGGUAGAUCUUAGAAUUAAUCGCUUUAAGGUAUGAUGGAUAAAUAUUUAAAAGCAGAACAUAUAGAGCCAUUUGAGAGGAAGAGAUGGACAGUGCUAAAGAGAAGGCAGGCUAUUCCAGUAGGGUAACAGAUUUCUGUAGUGCCUGGAAGAGAUAAGCUCCUGGGAUGAGGUUAGGUUAUGGGCUUAGCUAUAGAGAAGAGGGCAUUGUUCUUUGUAAGAACAACCAGAAAAUCUAGGAAAGAGAAGGUGAGAUUAGAGAAAAUGAGAACAUGGGAAGGGACUCAUAUCAGUAAUUAUCAAAUGCAUAUUGUGUGAGAAUAGGGGUAAAGAGUGGAGUUGGGACUCUGUAAAGAAAGGCAAUUAAAUUAACUUCUGAGAAUGAGCCUGGUAGAAAUGCCUCCGAAAUUCAAGAAUUGCUGAGUAAAGAUAAGGAUCAAAUUAAAAACUUUUAGAAUCCAAAUAUGUAUGGUUUCGUAUGUUUCUCUGGUUCUGCACAAAGCAUCAAAGGCAAAGCAAAUAUUGAGAGUUUAGUUAGAAGGUGAAGAAGACAACAUUGAAAUACAUAAUCUUGUGGUCAAGAAGAGUCCACUAAGGCAAGAAAGAACCAAUGACGUGAGUGUGUUGAAGGGAGUUCAAUGACUUUAGGUUUUGGUGAGGUCAAAGAACAGAUACAGUGUUUUUAAGGGAAUGAAAGAUUAGGGACUGUGGUCACUGUGAUCACCAUUCAGUGCUGAAUGACGAUUGAGACCAGAGAAAGGAUGGUAGAUAAACGUCUAACAUCAAGGCUGGAGUUGGAAAGGAGGCUAGCUUUCCUAGCCCCUGUGGUCUCUCAUUCUACCCCCUUUCCCUCCAGCCGUUUCUUGAGAUUAAGAAAGCACACUGUAUUAGAGAGAAUUGUAGAAAGCUUGAUACCGCUUGGGGAAUCCUGGGUGAGGUGUAAAUUAAUAAAUUACAUUAAAUGUAAUUUGAUGACCCAAAGGAAAACUUCCCCUGUGGGAUAAAGAGUCCUUUCUCAGCACAGUAGGGGAUUAUGGAAGCAGAAUUCAGGGAAAGCUUGGGAAGAGCCAGGGAUGAGACUGGACAGGUAAAGGUAAGCUGAGUGAGUGUGAGGGAUGGUAGACAUGUUACUUCUUAUGUGGAAGAUUGAGAGUCAGUGGGUCUGGUAGUUGAAGAGCUCAUGUUGCAAGUAUGAGCUAGUUUCUCCCAAGCAUACAUAUAAACUGAAAAGAACUAGCUCUUCUUAUUUGGUUGUACCAGGUCCUUCUGCUUUAUUUAUAUAGCAAAUUGGAAUUAAAAGCAGUAGAUUAGUGAAGAGUGGAAGAGAGAGAAAUUCAGAAUUUUAUUAUAACAGGAUAUAAAAAUAUUUUGACAGUUUGCCCCUAAAGAGAAUGUGGCAUGUGAAUAGAUAUAAACCUACAAGUUAUUGAACUAAUCUGUUCUUUCAUUUUAUAUAUUUAGAUGUGACCUUUAGGAAAAAUUUCUGAAGAUAGAGUGAAACAGGGAUAGGGAUUAAUAGCAAAUAUGCCUAGUUUGGAAGCACUUUUAAUUUACUGACACUAGAAUAUUUUUAAAUUUACUGGACUUGAUCCAUAUAUGUCAGCUGACAUUUCAAUUAUGUCAUUUAAAAGUGAUAAUAUUUCAAAGUACAAGUCAUGCUCAAGACUACUAGGUGUGAAACCAUGCUGCUGGAUCAAGAAGCCACUGCUCCUUCGAUCUCCUAUUUGCUCCGUGAUUUGCAACCAUGAGUCUUAUUCUUAGCAACCGUAUGUUGCUGGACAUACCAGCCUUUUAAUACCAGCUUCCUUAGUUACGAGCUUUUUCCCAAAGAAUCACUCUUGAGAAUUCUAGAUUCCCUGAGAGAAUCUAUUCUGGUCCAUAGUGUUUUAGAGAGUCUGGGUUUGAGUUCCACAGAAAUCUAGUUUUUACCUGUUAGGUACCUAAGCCAUCUAAGCUACUUGAGAAUUGAACUGAAGUACCUAGAGCUUUUGUGAAACAGCUGGAUGGAAGUUGUAGUUAAAGAACCAGUCCAUUCUCUCCAGGUUCCCUCAGACCUGUACAUCCUAAGGCAGUGAUUGACUUUGUUCUUGGUCCACUUCACACGUACAAUGAUGCUAAGGGUUCCUGGAAGCUCCUAACUGAUGCAGGAACGUACCAUGCUUAGAACAGUUUUGUUGUUCCAGCUCCUGUUUGGUAUUCAGACCCACUGUUGUGCUCUGUUACAAAGCUACACUACAAAAGCUUUCCCCUCCCCGCUCCAUAAAAUUUACAAAGCCUUUUAAAAGCACCGAGUACCUUUUUUUGUUGUUGUUAAAUUGAGGUAAAAUUCACAGAAUAUACAAUUUACUACUUUAAAGUGUACAAGUCAGUGAUCUAGUACUGUACUUUAAUUAUCUCACUAUUAAUAGCAAAAUAAAUAACCCACUCCAGCUGUGAGUUUUUUUUUUUUUUUUAAUAUACCACCCUCUGAAAAAGGGAAGAAGGCAAGGAGCUAUAGCUAAAAAAGCUUUAGGUUACAUGUUUUCAAUAAAAAAAAGAUACAUGUUUUCCUGAGUAGGUAAAAAUGUUUGAAGCAACCAUUUAAAUAGUUUUGAAAUAGCAAUAAUAGGCUUUCUGUCUUCAUGACAUUUGAUUCGCAUCAUGUAAGAAAUGAUUUGCUUAGCAGAGCUAUAUUAUUAAGCUAGUCUCUCUAUGGGUAUGAGGUUGAAUGUGUGUGUGUGCACACAUUGGUUUAUAUUUAGUAAUUUUCAUUUAAAUCCUCCGCUUAGUGUAGCAGAGGGGAAAAAGCCUCUGGCUAUUUUUCUGCGACGUUUCAUGUAUUUAUCCCUGCUAUAUUCUGCUUAAUUUAUAUGUUCAGGAUAAAUGAUGCAUUUAUAGUCUCUUUCUUUUCUUUUUUUCUUUUUUUUCUUUUCUUUUCUUUUCUUUCUUUUCUUUUCUUCUUUUCUUCUUUUCUUUUCUUUCUUUUCUUUUCUUUUCUUUUCUUUUCUUUUCUUUUCUUUUCUUUUCUUUUCUUUUCUUUCUUUCUUGUUUCCUUUCUUUCUUAAGACCCUAUUUAAAAUACACAGCAAGGUUACAAUACUGGUGCCUAUCUCAUCCCGGCCAUAUUUUAUCUGAACAAAUAUUUUCAUAGCUUUGUCUCACCAGAUUUCACUCUCACUAGUAAGCAUACUCAUUCUGUGUCAUACUCUUUGAGAAAACCUAAGGAAAGGAUAAUAAAACUUCUAUUAGAAUAAGUUUCAGAGCUUUGAAAUCUGUCAUACUCUUUGUCUGCCUUUUAAAGACCAAGUAAUAGUAAUAAUAAUAAUAAACAGGGCUCAGAAGGAUUGUGAUUUGCCCAUAAUCACAUUCUAACAACAAUUUAAAAUUCUCUUAGCCCUCAUCAUCUGAAUUUGCCUUCAUACAUAACUCAAGGAGAAGAAAACUUCAAGAUUCAGAAUAUGUCUCUUCUCUAAACUUUGUUGUGUCUUACAGUUUGAUUAUUAUAAUAGUUCUUACAAGUCAAGGUAUUUCAACUGAAUCAGUGCACAUAAGGAAUUGAAGGCUUUCAAAGUGUCUAUCUACUGAUGACUGUUAUCACAGAUCCUGUAAGUUGUAGAAACUGGUAUUAAAUGUGACCUGGUGAUCUUGGAGUACUAUAGUGAAGGAUCGGGGUGUGUGUGUCAACCUAGCAGGUACUCGUAUUAUGGACUUUAAUUACCAGCCUCAGAACUGAAAGAGUAAAACAGAGGUGGAAUUACAUUUACCCAGGAUUUUUCUACAGUGCCAAAGAGCAUUUAAGGACCACCAUGCAUGAUCACUAGACCGGUGACAUCUCUAAUAUUACAGAAUGAAAAAAAUAUCUUAUAGUAAUGGCACCAAGAUGUACUACACUCACACUAAAGCUGUCAUCUCAGACUUAUCUUGAAGAAGUCUUGUAUAUGCUACACCAUGUAAAAUGAUAGUGUAUCUGCUGAUAAUGUUUCAAUCAAGGAGGUGGUUGUUUUCAGCAUAAUGAAACAGAGGGAAAGCUCCACAAGGAUUUAAAGAUGAUAAUACCAUCACCAUCUCCAAGAAGAAAUGCAGGAAAACUGACUGCAAUCAACUUUUGUAGCCUUGUGCUGUUUCCUUAUAUGGUGAGAUCUUAUCCCAAGGACUGUGCUAACAUUUACACUGUGUUAUCAAGUCUUGCAUACUGAAAUUGUGUGUCUUUGGAGCAGAAUAUAGUGAUCUGGAACAUUA